AUGGCUGGAAGGAAUGACGCUGCAAUGGCUGCCGCAAUGCAAGCAAUGGCACAAGCUGUGCAGAACUUGCCAAAUGCUGGUGGUGAUGCUGGAUCACGUAGCUUAGCGACUUUUCAGAGAGAGAAUCCGCCGGUGUUUAAGGGGAAGCAUGAUCCAGAUGCAGCCUUGGGAUGGUUGAAAGAGAUUGAGAGAAUCUUCCGUGUUAUGGAUUGCACUCCAGCUCAGAAGGUUCGGUAUGGUACUCACAUGCUAGCAGUCGAAGCUGAUGACUGGUGGCUAGAGACUCAAGAGAGGUUGACCGUGGCAGGUGAAGUCAUUACUUGGGAUGUAUUCCGUAGGGAAUUUCUGAGGAAGUAUUAUCCGGAAGAUGUCCGUGGUAAGAAAGAAAUUGAGUUCCUUGAGCUGAAGCAAGGAAACAUGUCUGUCACUGAUUAUGCUGCAAAAUUUGUGGAGCUGUCCAAAUUUUAUCCUCAUUACACUGGUGCUGGUGCUGAAUUUUCAAAGUGCAUCAAGUUUGAAAACGGAUUGCGCUCUGAAAUUAAGAAGGCUGUUGGGUAUCAAAAGAUACGCAUUUUUACUGAAUUGGUUGAUAGCUGCAGGAUAUUUGAAGAAGACAAUAAUGCUCAUUACAAGAUUGUCAGUGACCGCAGAGGCAAGCAACAUCAAAAUCGUGGCAAGCCGUAUGAUGCUCCAGCUGGAAAAGGGAAGCAAAGAGCUGCUCCGGCUCAGAGGGCUAGUGGGGGAGGUGCUCCUGCUGGUAUAGUUUGCUUCAAAUGUGGUCAGGCUGGUCAUAAGAGUAAUGUAUGCACUGCUGAAGUAAAGAGGUGUUUUCGCUGUGGUAAGAUUGGUCAUGCAAUAGCUGAUUGCAAGCACAAGGAAGUGAUUUGUUUUAAUUGUGGCGAA